UGGCCAGCUGCCCUGCACGUCGCUUGUUAACGGAGUCGUGGUUCUUCAUUGAUUUUGCCCUUGCUUCUGCUAUUGUGACGGGUUUGCUUACCCUCAUCGAACCUUCUAGUUGCUUGUUGCAGGUUUGCGUUUUCUGGACUCUACAAGAAGGAGCAGGGUAUGGAAGCCCAGUUGCUAACUGCCCAGUCCAGGAUGCUUGUGACCUUCAAAGAUGUGCUUGUGGACUUCACCAAGGAGGAGUGGAAGCUCCUGAAUGCUUCUCAACAGAUCAUGUACAAACAUGUGAUGCUUGAGAACUAUAAGAACCUGGUUUCCUUGGGGCAUCAGUUUCCCAAACCAGACGUGAUACUCCAGUUGGAGAAAGGUGAAGACCCCUGGCUGAUGGAGAUUCACCAAGAGACGUUUCCAGAUUCAGAGACUGCAGUUGAAAUUAAGUCAUCAAUAUCCAGUAAGAGCAUCUUUCAAGAUAAACAAUCCUAUGACAUUAAAAUGGAAGGAAUGGCAAGGAAUGAACUCUGGUAUUUGUCAUUAGAAGAAGUCUGGAAAUGUGAAGACCAGUUGGACAAGUAUCAGGAAAACCAGGAGAAACAUUUGAGGCAAGUGGCAUUCACACAAAAGAAAGUACUUACUCCAGAGCGAGUCUGUGAAAAUGGGAAAUAUGGGGGAAAUGGUCUUCUCCCUGCUCAGCUGGCAUUAAGAGAGUAUUUCCAUAAACAUGACUCACAUAAUAAAAGCUUAAAACACAAUUUAGUUUUUACUGGUAAUCAGGAAAGCUAUGCAAGUGACAGUAAUGAAUGUGGUCAAACAUUCUGUCAAAACAUUCACCUCAUUCAGUUUGCAAGAACUCAAACAGGAGGUAAACCCUACAAAUGCCCUGAUACUGAUGACUCUCUUACUCAUGGUACAUCCCUUGGUAUAUCGAAGGACAUGCAUAGAGAGAAACCUUAUGAAUGUAAAGAAUGUGGAAAAUUCUUCAGUUGGCGCUCUAAUCUUACCAGGCACCAGCUUAUUCAUACCGGAGAGAAACCCUAUGAAUGUAAAGAAUGUGGAAAAUCUUUCAGCCGGAGUUCUCACCUCACUGGACACCAAAAGACUCAUACUGGUGAGGAACCCUAUGAAUGUAAAGAAUGUGGAAAAUGCUUCAGCUGGUUCUCUCACCUUGUUACACAUCAGAGAACUCACACUGGAGACAAACUGUAUACAUGUACUCAGUGUGGGAAAGCUUUUGUUCAUAGCUCCAGGCUUAUUAGGCACCAGAGAACCCACACUGGAGAGAAACCCUAUGAGUGUCCUGAAUGUGGAAAAUCUUUCAGACAAAGCACACACCUCAUUCUGCACCAGAGAACACAUGUCAGGGUGAGGCCGUAUGAAUGUAAUGAGUGUGGCAAGUCUUACAGUCAGAGAUCCCAUCUCGUUGUGCAUCAUAGAACACACACUGGACUGAAACCCUUUGAGUGCAAAGAUUGUGGGAAAUGCUUUAGCCGAAGCUCUCACCUCUUUUCACAUCAGAGAACCCAUACUGGAGAAAAACCUUAUGAAUGUCAUGAUUGUGGUAAGUCCUUCAGCCAGAGCUCUGCCCUGAUCGUGCACCAGAGAAUCCAUACUGGAGAGAAACCAUAUGAAUGUUGUCAGUGUGGGAAAGCCUUCAUCCGGAAGAAUGACCUUAUUAAGCAUCAAAGAAUUCAUAUUGGAGAAGAGACCUUUAAAUGUAAUCAGUGUGGAAUUAUCUUCAGCCAGAACUCUCCAUUUAUAGUACAUCAGAUAGCUCACACUGGAGAGAAAUUCUUAACAUGUAAUCAGUGUGGGACAGCUCUUGUUAAUAGCUCUAACCUUAUUAGGUACCAGACAAGUCAUAUUGGAUAAAGUACUAAUAUGAGUAGGGAAAAUUCUUCACAAAGAGCAAUAACUUUAUUUUGCAUCAGAGAACUCAUUCUGGAAAGAGCUGUAUACAUGCAAUCUGUGUGAAAAUGUUUUCAAUAUUGUUACUAUUCCUUUUGUGCACUAGAGAACAUCCUGGGGUAAAAAAAGAAAUGGAAAAAAAAACCUCUCAAAUUACAUUGCAGUAAAUUACAUUGGAUUUUCUUCUUUCCACAAAUUCCUACAAAAGAAAUUGGCCUAGAAGCAUUCUUGACCAAGCCUUAAUGCUUGAAUCUUACAAGGAAUCAUUAAGUUGGUGAGUUGUUAUUAAGGGGUGUCCCAGCUUCAUUACCUCAUCAGAAAGGUAAAUAAUCGAGACUGCCACUGUAGAGAGAAUUAUUGCUGAGAAGAGUAAAAAAUACAUAUAGAUAUUACAACAAAAUAUGGAUAGUGUUAUUCUAGUGAGUUAGUGUGCUGUUGUUUACUUGAUUAUCCAACUCCUCUGGGACACUUAGUAGUUUUUAAUCUGUUUUAUGUGUCUGGUGUAAACCACAGUUUGGUUAGCAGCGGGUAAAAUGAAUGCAGUAAAAGAACAAUACAUUUACACUGCUAGCAGUAUGAGUUUUUAAAUAUAUUUGCAUGUAGGCAAGAAUCGAAAGGUGUACAUAAGUGAACAGAAUUGAUAGUUUAGACAAUGGAAUUAUGAGUGAGUUUCUUUUUUAUGGUUUAUUCAGUGUUGUAACAAUUAUUUUUGAAAAACUUAAGAUUUAAAAAAGGAAUCUUCAAUUUUCCAUCUACCUUGAAGGAAGUUUGCUAGCAAACUUUUUCAUUCAUUCAGAGUUGUUUGGGGUCAUUAGUUAGAGUUCCACUCUUGAAGACAUGGUGCUAAAGGCACCUGAGAAUUUAAAAACGCAGUAAUUUUCUGGCUGAUGGGAGCUAGAGGAAACACUGGGCAUUUGAACAGGUCAGGGAGGGUCCCAUUUGAGUGGUAGUGUAUAAUAGGGCAAUAUUUAGAGCAAGUAUACUCAUGGGAUAAACACAGCACUGCCCAAUGCCGCCCUCCUUCUCAAGGUGGUCUUUUAUCUUUAUAAAGAAAAGAUAGUGCUUAGAGCAUAGACUGAGCAAGACUACACAGAUUGAAAUCCCAUGUCUGCCCCUAAUUAGGUCAUCUUGGGUAUGCUAUUUAGCUUCUUUGUGCCUAACUUACAGAUACCCUUGUCUAUAAAAUAGGGGUAACAACAGUAUUUACUUCAUAGGAUUGUGGUGAAUAUUAAACAUGUAAACAAAUUAGAAUAGUGCCUGACACAUAUUAAGUACUUUAUAAUUAUUAACUGUAAUCAUCAAUAUUAUUAUUGCCCCAGCCUAGUGUCUGUCACUUAAUUUAAACCUGCCUGAGUGCUUAUAAAGACUCUGUGAGUUCUCCCUUUCCAGUUCCAUGUGGUCUCCCUUUUUUGCCUAAAUCAGGACUUAUCAACAUGGGUAGUCUCUGACCCAUGGUGGGUGUGUGUGGAUUCGUUUCCGAGUUCAGUCAACCGUUUUUAAUAAUGUAUGCAAAAUUGUUCGUUUGUACAAAGGUGUUCCCUUCUAGGGAGAGGAUCCCAACCUUCAGACACUCUGGUAAGUCCAUGAUGCAAUAAACAAAUUCAGGAAGAGGAUCUGUUGUAAUUCUCUGUUUCAUUCUCUGACUGGAUCUCCUGUGUGUACGGACUGGCGGUGAUUUGCUAUUUUCGAGCAUAUAAGAUUCUCAGUGAUUGUUGAAUGAUACAUGAAUAAUAUUGAGACAAUAGGACAGAGAUCUUGAUGUCUAUCUGAGUCAGUCUAGAAAUGAUUGUUAGAAUCAUAAGACCUGAGAACUAGAAGGAACAUAAGAGAUCUCUUGAUUGUACAGUUGAGAUCCAGUGAGUUGCCCGAGGUCUCACACACUUUGAGGGAAAUUAGAGCUAGAACUGUUGUUGUGUGCCGUUGAGUCAAUCCUGACUCAUAGCAACCCGGUA